GUGAACGUAAGGAGUUCUUUUUUUUUUUUUGCAAUGGCGGGUAUGGGUAAAUCGGUUGCUGAGUUCGAGGAAUUGUUGCCGGUGAUGGCGGAGAAUCUGGGAGGAGAAGUGCUGAUGAGGGAGCUGAGCAAUGGGUUCGAGCUGUUGAUGGACAAGGAGAAAGGGGUGAUCACGGUUGAGAGCUUGAAGCGGAACGCGGCGCUGCUGGGCUUGCAGGAUUUAAGACACGACGAGCUGGUCAGCAUGGUGGAAGAAGGAGAUACCGACGGCGACGGAGCUCUCAGUGAGAUGGAAUUUUGCGUGCUCAUGUUCAGAUUAAUCUCCGGACUGAUGGAGGAGUCCCAGUUAUUGCUGGAGGAGAUUCUUCAACAGGAGCUUAAAUUUGCUGCCUUCUGCUAGAACCAUUUUUCUUUUUCCAUUUUUUUCUAAUUUAU